AUGAAAGGAGAUCCCGAGUUUGUCAUCUUGAAAUACCAAUCGUGGCUGGACACCAAAAAAUUCGAAAAGGAAGUCGUCGGUGCCAUCGUCAAGCAAUACCUCAGCCCCGUGCAAGACUACUGCCCCGUCGAAGAAGGUCAACGGAACAAACUCAAGUUCACCGAGGGAUGUCUGACCGAUUUUGACCUCACCAAUAGCAAAGAAGGCGGCAUCUCGGCCACUGCCUCUCUCGAGUCGCUCGCCGGAUUAAACGUCAACGCCGACAUGGAAGACAGAGUGCAUCUAGAAGGCAAGUUCAUCCGGUUCAAGCGACUGCUGCAGCACGACCAAUUCUUCGACGAGCGCAAGACGGACCCGGCUGUCAGGAAGACUGUGCCCAGGUGGAUCAAAUGGCCGUACCUCAACCCAGUGUGGCUGGUGGUUGGCAUCAUGACGUGCGAAGACGUCACAAUCAAUUUUGAAAAUAGGCGCGAGCUGCAGGUUGAUGGGCACGUUGAAGUCCCAAUUGGAGAAAUCACCGUGGCGGGGUUGCCGCUCGCAAACGGUGGAAAUCCAAAGGUCGGCGCUGGAGCUCAUAAGAAGACGGCGACUGUAUUCAAGGCCAAGUCCGGCAGGAACCAGAUCUUUGCGCUGGAGCUGAGAAAAGUGACAACGUCCAAAUUCAAGUCGAAUAUAUUGAAAAUGGGGGAUUCAGGUCCGGUUGUUAAGGAUGGCCGAUUGGCUGCUAAUGAUUCGGAUGAUUCGGAUGGUGAGGCGGUUCAGGAUCUCAAGAAGCCGGUUACUGUUGACGAACUCAUUCUUGAAUAA